UCUAUCCCAUCUCUAAAAAACCAAAAACAAAACAAGAAAUGAAAAUACUGCAAAACUUACCUCGUUUUUAUUGAAUUAUUCAAAUAAAUGGAGCGAAAAAUUAUGGAAUACGAUGUCGGCAGGUUCAAGACCUUGUUUGCCAUGAAAGAAGAAGGCGAACGGGAGGAAGAGGAGGAUGCGGACAUGAUUUUGAGAUCAGAGAUCUAUGAUGAAGAAUUGGCCCUGGAACGGGAAGAACAAGAGUUUGAGGAGCGGAAUCUGGGAAACCAACAAGGCGGAUCCGCAGCAUCCUUCGCCUGCAGACACUGCCCAGAGGUAUUUUUCAGCAAGGAGGAUUUAGCCGCCCAUCGCACCAUCCACCGACUUAAAAAUGGUCAGUUGAAGAAAUCUAGUGCAGAGUUGACUUGCGACACCUGCGGAAAAGUCUUUCAAAGACGUAACGCCCUCGUGGAUCACAUUAAUUCCCACAAAAGUGAACGGAACUAUCAAUGUCCGGAGUGUCCGGCUCGAUUUGUGCAGCGCAGCAAUAGGGAUUGCCAUCUAAGAAACACGCACAUGAAGGAGUAUCUGCACGCCUGUCCGGAAAUGGGAUGUGAAAGGCGUUUUCAGCAGAAACGCGAACGGGAUCAGCAUAUAAAAACGGUCCACCGCAAAGAGCGAAACUUUGUGUGCGAGACCUGCAAGGCAAGCUUCAGUCAUCCCGUAAAUUACAGGAAACACUUGGCCUCGCAUACUGCCGAAAAGAACUACGGUUGUCCGAUAUGUGGCAAGCUCUUUGGUCGAGCCGAAAACCGAGAUGUUCAUCUUUUUGUCCAUAGCAUUAGCAAGGCGUAUAUUUGCUCCGUUUGUGGAGCAGAUUAUAUGCGCCGCAAUCAGUUGAUUCGUCACAGUUCAGCAAGUGGCCAUUUAAACGAUCGAAUUGUAAGGCAAAAACCUCUGUUUAGUCCGGCCCUUGCUUUCAAGGAUCAUCUUCAGAUCCAAAAGGAUGCUAAUUUAGAGGAAGAUUAUGGGGAUGGGGAGUUUCAAUGGCCAAAAGAGGAGGAUCACGCUAGUCCAGAAGAACUGGCCGAGGACAGUGACGAAAAUGAGAUAUUAAAGUAUGGUACAUAAUCAAGAAAGAGAAGAACUGGUCAGGUUAGUUCGUAUCGAAUAUUAGCAUAUAAUAUAAUCAGCUGAACUUAAGAAUGAGUGGUGCUUGAUAACUGCACAAAAUGCUACCAGUGCUGUGAAAAUAGUUUUUAAAUAUAAAACUAAUUAAUGAAUUAUCAACAAAAACAGAAGCUUUAAAAUAAGUGAAGUCUUUUUUUACUCUUAAAACCUUAUAGAAAAUAUAAUAAGUUACUGAUAACUAAUAGAUUUAAGGCUUGUGCAGAAAAUGCCAGUAUUAUAGAAUCAAGCGUUUCAAGGAAUUUAAACUAUGAAUUAAGAACCAAAAACUCUCAAAGCAAACACUUUAGGACUUUAGUUUUCAAACAUUAAAAAAAAAUGGUUAAGAAAUAAAUUAAAUCUUUGCUUUCCCAAAAUUCUUACUUAUUUACAUGUUAAUUGAUUAAUUUUUUUUGUACAGCUAAUACGAUAAAUUAAUGAUUGUGCAGAAAAUGCCAUAAAUAAAUGAUAUAAAAAAUGGCAACAGAUAUUACCGCAUGCAAAAAAUCAACCGGAGACGUGGGUCAAGAAAAAAAUGAAAACAAAAAAGCAAAUGAAAAGUGAAUGUCGCUGCUGUGUCUGGUUGCACUUUAAUAAAAAAAAAGUGAAAUGAAAUGUGAAGUCUCACCUGUUGAAAAUUAACAAAAAUCAGGCGUAAAACCCAUAAAUACGCAAAGCAAAAGGGGGAAAAACAUAAAAGGGGAGGGG